AUGUGGGUCGGCAGCAAGACCCGGCAGCAAAAGUUUGGCACCUACGAUGAAAACGCAACUGCCAACACAGUUCACCAUUAUGCCUUAAUGGCAUGCCUUUCACAAGCACUCGACAAUAAUCAAUAUAUCACACAAUUGGAUAUUUCGUCAGCAUAUUUAUACGCAGACUUACAAGAAGAACUAUACAUUAGGACUCCACCACAUAUGGGAUUAAAAGGAAAAGCAUACCGAUUGAAUAAAUCUCUAUAUGGUCUAAAACAGAGUGGAGCCAACUGGUAUUCUACUAUUAAAACCUAUUUGCAACAAGAUUGCAAAUUACUAGAAAUACCAGGAUGGUCCUGCGUACUCAAAAACGACGAAAUAAUUGUGUGCUUAUUUGUCGACGACAUGGUUGUUAUGCCAUCUGACUUAGCAUAUAAUAUGAAUUUAGUAAAGAAACUAAGAAAAAAAUUCGAUACCAAAGUUGUCAAGUCAGGUAGAUUAGACCAAGAUGGGGUAGCACAAUAUGACAUACUAGGGCUAGAUAUCGAAUACAGAUAUGGAAAAGAUAUGAAAAUGGGAAUGGAAAAGAUCUUGGAAGCUAAACUGAAGACAUUAGAUGUACCAUUAAAUAAGUCAGGAAAGAAGCUUAAAGUACCCUCACCUCCAAACACUUAUAUCACUAAGGAAGAUUAUGUAACCACAGAAGAAAACUACAAAAAGAAUGUAAAAUGGUUACAGGGCAUAGUUGGAUUGGCAUCGUAUGUCUGUUACAAAUACAGAUUUGAUAUCAUGUGUUAUGCCAAUGUUUUGGCACAACAUACACCUUUUUCCAGUAAAGACGUGAAACAACUAGCUGAACGAAUGGUUCAAUAUCUGUGGGACACAAAGGAGAAAAAAAUUGGUUUGGCGGAAGAAUAG